AUGGCAUCCUCUGAAGCUGAAGUUACGCAUACCAUCGCAUCUUUGUAUGAUGUGAUGGGUGUAAAAUAUGAAAAGGCAUUUGCUGAUAUGCCAGCCCGGCAAAAAUCUCUUGAGUGGCUCCUCUCUCAUCUUCCCCGCACAGGUUGCAAAAUUCUUGACAUUGGCUGCGGAACCGGCUGUCCUGUUGCUCAAGUCCUAUCUUCUGCUCCUCACAAUCACCAUGUUCUUGGCAUCGACGCUUCGGAAACAAUGCUCUCUAUCGCCCGUCAAUCGGUUCCUGCGGCCACCUUUCAGCUGAUUGACGCCCGCAAAUUCGAGGCAGAAGAAGCGAGCUAUGAUGCUGUGACGUCGUAUUUUGCUCUGCUUCAGGAUAUUUCACACGAUGAGAUACGAGAGACGAUACAAAAGAUUUUUAAUUGGCUGAAACCUGGUGGAUUCUUUAUUCUGGGAACAGUUCCAGUUGAUCUCGAAUUUACGUCAGCGAAAUGGCUGGGCAAGAGAGCGCUAUUGACUUCAAUGUCGGAGGAGAAUUACGUUACGGCCUUGAAGCAGGUGGGCUUUGUUAUAGAAUUCUCCGAGGUGGAGAAUUAUACACCAAAAGCUGUGGAAGCCGGCAUUUGUGAUGAGGAUGACGUGGUAGAGGAAGCCCAACUGUUUAUAUAUGCGCGAAAGCCAUAG